CGCUGGCUCCGGCCCUGUCCCGCGGAGGAGCGGCGGAAGCGGGCGGAGAGAGAGGGUCCGCUCCGACACAAACUUAGCCCCAACUUUGACUCCGCUCCUCGGGUUUGUUCCGCGGUGAAGCUCAGGACUGAGGCCGGAAAAGGGGCGCCUCUGCGGGGUAAACAUGUGUGAGACAGCCCGGGGCCAGCGCAGGAGGUGAGCGGGAGAGGAUGGAGGUGUCUGGGGAGAGGGAGGACGAAGAUGGCGGCGCGGAGGACAACUUACCCAUGAUGCACUGGGAGGAACUGAACGCUCGCAUCGAAGAGCUGGAGAGACAAGAGCAGACCACCCAGGGGGCAGCACUGAGACGAGUCUGGUACGAAGACCAAGAGGAAGACCGGAAGAAGAAGAGACUCAGCUCCCGGUUACAGAAGAAUCUUCAGUUGUGUUUCUAUAACGAUGAAGACAGCGAGGACGAGGGCGGAGCCAAACGAGAGGUCCCCGUCGGCUGUGGACUCAAACAGGAAGUGGUUGUGACGCUGAGGGCGCUUCGGGACAAACGAUUGGACGAGCUCAGGCGGGAAACUGACCACAGGUCCCAGGCGUGUUGGGCUCCUCUGGUCCGGUCUGAGCUGGAGCAGAGAACUCUUCAGGAACUUCAGGAGACGAGAACGUCUCUGCAAAAGAGCACUCACGAUCUGAGCGCUGGGCUGGUCUCCGUCCUCCUGAUCCGCGACCAACUCAGAAAUGAACAAGACGCUCUGCUACUGGACCUGCUGGACCUCACAUGAACCUGGACUGAAGUAGGACUGAAGCAGGACUAAACCUGGACUGAAGCAGGACUGAAGCAGGGUUAAACAGAGACACUUGUAUCUGAAUAACUUGUCAAAUUUAAAACAAGGACUGACUCAGGACUAAACCGGGAGCUGAAUUUGGGACAAACACAAAUCUAGGAUUAUGUAAUAAACAGUGUUUUCACUUUUUAAAAUGAGCUUUUCAGACAAAACUUUGAGGCCGUAUGUUUCUGUUGGUCAUGUUUCAGGCCCAUGUGACAGACGAGGGGUUUGGUUCAGUCCUACUGCAUGUUACAUGUAUGUACUCAACACUAACGUCCAUGUUUACUUCUGAGGGAGACUCCACUUUUCUAUUAAAGAUUUAAAACAUUAAUAUAUAAAGCCAUGUACUGUAACCUUUUUAUCCAGUGAUUAAAGUCACAUUUGUAAAA